AUGGCAACCUCUCCCGCGCGCAUCCGCUCCAUCUACCGCUCCCUCCUCCGCGAGCUGCCCCCCCGCCCCAUCCUCGAGUCCCCGCGCUCGGGCAUCCACAGCCGCCUCCGGACACACUUCUCCGCCCAGCAGCCCGACUCCUCCCUCCCAGCCGCCGUCAAGGCCGGCCAGGCCCAGCAGCUGGCCGCCUACCUCCGCUCGCAGCGCUGCUACGUCGACCUGAUUGAGCGCUACAACCCGGGGAUGAACAUGGAGGACGACGAGCGGAUACGCCUCACCGCCAGGAGGGUUGGCAUGGACUUGCCGGUUGAAUACCAAAAGGGCAGCCAGUAA